AUGCGGUUUGACAACAUGAGCACGUGGUUUCGGGCCUACCCAAGGCAAUCUGUGGAUGAAUUGGAAGAUGCUUAUGACUACAUUGUCGUAGGUCCAUCGGUUCUAGGGGGCGGCACGGCCGGAUGCGUGCUUGCGAAUCGCCUCAGCCAGGAUGCCUCCGUGUCCGUGCUCGUGACUGAACGUGGGGGAGUGAACAAUGGGUGGAUCACCCGGAUCCCCUUUCUCUCCAUGCAAUUCGUUCUUGGUGGGCUUUCGACCCGUAUCUGGAAAUCCGUGCCUCAAAAUGGCAUGAAUGAUCGGGUCUUCGAGCUGGCUGGUGGCCAUAGCCUCGGGGGGGCCUCGAAGGUUAAUGUGAUGCUCUACACACGGGGGGUUCCCGGUGAAUACAACUCCUGGAGUCAGGCAGGGAGGGACGGGUGGAGCUACGAUGAGAUCCAGCCGUACUUCACCCGCUCGGAGACUGACCUCGACCAAGACCGAGCUAAUCCUCCGUCUUUUCACGGGGUCAAAGGCGGCAUCAUACGAGCGUCAAAGGCUCUUGGAAUACCUUACGUCGAUGACCUCAAUUCUCCCCUACACUCCUCCCAUGGCUGCGCGAAAAUGCACUAUACUAUCGACGCCAAGGGCUAUCGCUCGUCUACUCUGGAAGCCUUUCUUCCAAAGAAGCUCGUCAUUCAGCGUCGACAGCACUUGCAUAUAUGUACCAACGCAGCUGUGACUAGGAUAGAUAUUCAGCGUGACGAGAAAGGCGGAAUGACAGCCAACGGCGUGUAUAUACAGUCUACCAAAGCGAAUACUACACGCUUGCGAUUGGUCCGCGCUCGCAAAGAGGUGAUACUCUCUGCUGGUCCUAUUGGCUCUCCACAAGUCCUCAUGCUUAGUGGCAUCGGUCCUGACGAACAGUUGAAGGAACACGGGAUACCGAUCGUAAAGAGCCUUGCAAGCGUCGGCAGACACCUCCAAGAUCAUAUCGGCAUUGCUGUGCAAUAUCGGGUACCGCUCAAAGACUCGUUAGCCAAGUUACAGCUGCAGCCUUGGAUCAUACUGAAGGAGUUACUUCUCUACAUUCUCUUCGGCAUGGGCCUCUUCCUCGCACCGUUCCUCGAACUCUCGAUCUUUGUCCAGACACGACUGUUCGAUUCCAACUCCAAAACGGUGACACAAACACCCGCCGACGAAGACGCUGCACUGCCUAUGAACAUGCCGGAUAUUGAGGUCAUGCCGAUUGCGUGGAGCGACGCGGCUACGUCAAAAUCAUCCACACGCGACGGUGGUCUCGGCUUCCUCGUCAUUAUCCUCCGCCCGACGUCCACAGGGACUGUGCGCCUCGCCUCGUCUGACCCCCUUGCAGACCCCCUGGUCGAUCCGAACUAUUACGCGACUGAGCACGACCGCGCCGUCCUGCGGCAAGGUAUACGCUUCACUCUGCGUCUGCACGAACAGCUCGUCGCGCAGGACUAUCCUGCGCAUCCAUACCUCGUGCCCACAAGCGAGUCCGACGAGGACAUCGACGCAUUCGUGCGCGCGUAUAGUCAGACGACGUACCACUAUUCGUCGACGUGCCGCAUGGCGCCCGAGGUGCCCGGCUCGACGAUGGGCGGGGUCGUCGAUGACCGUCUGCGUGUGCACGGUGUGCGUGGACUCCGGGUUGCGGAUUCGAGUGUAUUUCCGCAUAUUCUGAGUACGCAUCUGGCUGCGGCGACGGUCGCUGUCGCAGAGAAAUGCUCAGACAUGGUGAAAGAGGAUAAUUCUUCUGCGUGA